AAGCUUAACAGUGUAACACCCAGCGGAAGUAAACAACACAGGAGCUAGCCGCGUUAGCUGGUUGGUGUCCUGUGCACGGAAGAAGUCUCUCAACAGGACACGGAGACAUCUUACUUAUAAUUAAACAACAAUGUCUGCAGUUGAGUGUUUGCGAGAGUUAAUGAACGAGCGACUAACUGCUGCUGCUGAAGAAAUAUUCCGAGUUUUUCAAGAAACUAUCUCAGAAUACGAGAAAGAGAUCAACCGUCAGCGCAUACUGCUGGAUAUCGUUUGGAAACCUGAAAUAAAGUUACACAGAACAGAGCUCCCACAGCAACAUGUCUGUAAGGAGGAGGAGGUUCUCGCUGACCAGCAGCUCUGUGACCUGGAGAAAAACUCCAGUCUGGACCAAGAGGACCCAGAGCCUCCACAGAUUAAAGAGGAACAGAAGGAACUCUGCACCAGUCUGGACCAAGAGGACCCAGAGCCUCCACAGAUUAAAGAGGAACAGAAGGAACUCUGCACCAGUCUGGACCAAGAGGACCCAGAGCCUCCACAGAUUAAAGAGGAACAGAAGGAACUCUGUACCAGUCUGGAGGGAGAAUGGCUGGUGAUGAAGCAGGAGACAGAAACCUUUAUGUUGACUCCUACUUGUGAUGAAAGUGAAGAUCAGACUCUGGACUUGAGUCCUGAUGAAGCUCAGAGUGAAGCAGAGGAAGAGCAUGUUGUCAGCAUGUCAGUUCAAAGUUCUGUGGUACCAGAACCAAACAAUGAUGACCAGCUGUUCUCUCACAACUCUCAUGUAGCUGAGAGCCAAGAUCACAAAAGAGGCAAACAUGGAGACUCAGGAUCAACUAGAAAAGCAGAGCCAAAACUAAAGAAGAGACGUCACAGAAGAAAAAAUCACACUAACAAUGAAGACAACUCUACCAAAUUAAAGAUUCACAAUAAUACUGAUACAGGGGAAAAGUCCUUAAAAUGCGGCACUUGUGGGAAAUCUUUUAUGUGCAAGUCCAUCUUGCACAGACAUCUGAGAGUCCAUACAGGUGAUAGGCCAUAUCCAUGUAAUACCUGUGAGAAAAGAUUCUCUCAGCCAGGUGCAUUAAAAGCGCAUCUGAGAAUCCACACAGGUGAGAAGCCGUACCCAUGUAACACUUGUGAGAAAAGAUUCUCUCAGCUGAGCCAAUUAAAAGCACAUAUGACAGUCCACACAGGUGAGAAGCCGUACUCAUGUAACACUUGUGGGAAAAGAUUCUCUCGUCUGGGCCAAUUAAAGGUACAUAUGACAAUCCACACAGGUGAGAAGCCGUACUCAUGUAACACUUGUGGGAAAAGAUUCUCUCAGCUGGGUGCGUUAAACCUGCAUAUGAGAACACACACAGGUGAGAAGCCGUACUCAUGUAACACUUGUGGGAAAAGAUUCUCUCAGCUUGGUGCAUUAAACCUGCAUAUGAGAACACACACAGGUGAGAAGCCGUACUCAUGUAACACUUGUGAGAAAAGAUUCUCUCAGCUUGGUGCAUUAAAUGUGCAUUUGAGAGUCCACACAGGUGAGAAGCCAUAUCCAUGUAACACCUGUGAGAAAAGAUUCACUCAGCUGAGCAAAUUAAAAAGACAUAUGACAAUCCACACAGGUUAAAGGCCAUUCCCAUGUAACACUUGUGGAAAAAUAUCUUGUCAGAUGUCAGACUUGAAAAGGCACAUAAGAAUUCAUUCAGAUGCGAAGCUGCAUAAUUGCAAAACAUGAGGGAGAGAUUUGUGGUGACAAUCUACAUGAGAAGAACCUGCUGACACACAGAAAAGAUUCUGUCAUGUGUCUGAAUUGGAAAAGCCUACGAGUCCACACAAGCAAGUAGCCUUGUAUUUAUGAAACGUUCCAGAGGAUUCAGUUGUGACUAUGGAUAAAACACACAAGAACACAUAAUGGCAGCACAUGUUGACAAAAACAAAACAUAAACAAUUGAGCUGAAAUUCUUGUAGGCAAGUGUUCACCAAUAUCUUUGUAAAUGAAUGUAAAAUAUUCUCCAUGAAGAAGAGGUCAGAAUAUCUUCAUGUAAGUUGUCAACAACACUAUCAAGUUUUGUUAAACUGAACUCUUGUUUUUUCUGUAACUACUCAAACUGUUAGCAACAGAAUGUCUUUGAAAGAAGUAUAAUCUCCCAAAUCCUUAAAAAGUCUUUGUUUCACAAGUGAGUGCACAGUAGUGGUUGUCAAAGUGAUGGUGCCAAAUGUUAUGGCUUCAAAAAACAGGGGGCUGAAUUUUAUGAAGUUUUUUAGAAUAAUUUGUAGAAUUGGAGUUUCAAGUUCAACAAGGACUUAAAAUUCUUGUACUUUCUACUAGUACUUGAUAUUUACAAGUGAAGACUCCUGUUUUUGCAAGAAGUUCAAAUGUAUAUGAGAGUGACUGACAUGACUGUUUUAUUUUACCGUAUAAUAACGCUGUGAUGUAAAUAGUUGACUUUUUAAAUGAAUUUUAUUUUUUUGUAUUUUCAUACAGAACCUCAGUUAUUUGAGUGUAUUGUGAGAUCUCUGAUGUUGAAACAGAGAAACUCUAGAGGUGUUGGUACACUUAAGUUUCAUCCUUCAAACUAAAGUCUUUUUGUCUACAGUGUUUAAUCAUUUUUUAUGUAUUUUGUGAUCAGUUUAACUUGAGAGAAAGUUGAAAUAAUUUGUUUGCUGCUUUAGAGAUGACACACAGAUUGCAGAUGAUUUACUUCAUGGUGUUGUCAACAUAUUUUAAGAACAAUAAAAUAUUUUUUCAUGA